AUGGAGGUUUCCGGAAAGAAGGAAAAUAGACAUCAAGAUCAAACAUCAUCUUCGGCAUCAUCUCAAAGUUGUAAAGUAUGUCAACCUUGUAUAGCUGACGGUGAGAGUUUAGAAGCCGAUGGUUUCUGUCAGAACUGCCAGGAAUAUCUUUGUAAAACGUGUAUCAAAUACCAUAGCAAAGCAACCCUUAGUAAGCAUCAUACUAUUUUGGAUAAAUCUAAUAUGCCGAAGAAUGUUGAACAACAAACCAUCAAACAACUAUGUACUGAAACCUGCGAGAAACACAAAUUAGAGACCAUCAAGUAUUUCUGCAGUGAUCAUGAUACAGUUGGGUGCGGUAAUUGCAUGGUAAUUGACCACAAGACAUGCAAGGUUGAGUUUAUCCCAGAUAUAGCUGACAAAUUCAUCAACGGAGAGGAAUAUGAAGUUAUUCUGGCUAGACUCGAGAAACUCCAAACGAAUGUUGAUUCUAAGAUAAUUGCAACAGAAAAAGGCAAGAAAGCAUGUGCUGAAGAAUUUGUUAGCGCAGUCCAAGAAAUCAAAAGGUUCCGAAAGGAGAUUGAAGAUUAUCUAAGCAAGAUGGAACAAUCAAUACUAAAGGAAUGGGAACGUCUCAGGAAAGAAAAUGAAAAUGGUAUAACUGACAAUGAGGAUUUCCUGAGAACUAUCAAGACUGAAUUAAAUAUCAUUGAUGACUGUUUAAAGUCACAGUCAAAGAAAACCACUGACCUGUUUGUUGAAGCAAAGAAGUCAAAAGUUCGCCUGAGUCAGAUAGAGCAAGAUAUGAAGCAAGAUGUAAAUACAUGUAUGCUAUCAACUAAGUAUACGUUUGUACGUAAUAGUGACUUGGAUGCGAUGGUUGCUGGAAGCUGCCCUCUGGGAAAUCUUUCUUCAAAGUCAUCUUGUUACAACCCUUCAAAGGAUUGCAGCAUUGCUGAAUUUGAACCUGUAUAUGAUGGUGAAAUCAAUGUUCAGUCGAAGACAGACAAGGAAGCUGUUUUAAUUUCAAACAUGGUUCAAUUAUCAUCAGAUGCACUUUUAUGCGUAGAUGGUAACAAUACCUCGGUCAAAGUAGUAGACUUAAAACAAAAAUGUAUUUCAUCACAUAUUCUCUUGAAUUCUAAGCCGUGGGAUAUAACGUUCGUAGCCACCGACCAGAUUGCAGUUACAUUAACAAUGAUUAAGAAGAUUAAUUUCCUCUCAGUUAAAGACAAGAAACUGACGCUCAUCAGAAAAAUAAAAGUCAACGGAGACUGUAGAGGGAUAGCUCACUACCAGAAUACAUUGGUGGUAUCUUUUGUGUUACCAUCAAAACUUCAAAUUUUAACACUGGACGGAGUUGUUGUACGCAAUAUUACAUCUGGUACUUUAGGUUGGCCAGGUUGUGUAGAAGUUAACGUGUGUGGGAGUAGUUUCUUUGUAUCUGAUCAUAGAAAGUCUUCGUUGAUGAAAUUUUCGUUUGAUGGAAAAUUACUGGCAACUUAUCAGGACGAAAGUUUUUCGAGACCGAGGUCAUUUACCGUAUGUGAGGAUGGUUCAGUUCUUGUUUGCAGCAAAGGAAAUAAUACCUUACAUCUAGUUUCGCAAGAUUGUAGAAAAAUCAAAAUAUUGCCGAUUGAGAAAAAUAGGCUUGAUCGCUUGCAGUCUGUCUGUUUUAAUAAAGCAUCUUCCAAUUUGUAUCUUAGUAACUAUUCUGGAAAUUCCAUCCUGGUAUACAAGAAGGCGUGA